AUGAGUGACAUGGAUGAGCAAGCCGUCAAAGAAGUACUAGACGUGCAAGAGGAGAUCAGUCAAGAAAUCUCUAAAUUCAUCAUCAACUUCAAGAAAGAUUCAUCGGAGAGGAAGUCAAGUCCGAACUAUUAUGAAAAUAGACUAACCAUUCUCGAUGACGCUUGGAAUCGAUUCACAACGAAUGAUCUCAAGAUUCCUCAAAAGUAUAGAACUACGUUAUACAUGAAGUUCUAUAACGACUGUCGUGAGUCAUACGACAAAUAUCGAGCUAUCAUACGGGACGGCAUGGACCAAUCAACAAGCCAAGCCGAGGUAAUUCCAGACCCAACUGGUAACCCUGCAAGCAUUCAGCAUCCCACGAUAGGGUUCCAGAAACUAAUAUCUGCAUGUCGUCGACAAAAGGCAAUAUCAGAUUCUAUCAGGCGCGCUCUGAAAGAGUAUUCAGGUACGGGAAAGAGCGUAACAAGUGAUUUGAUAAAAUCACUAUGGGCGCAAACGCAAGAGAUCCAUUUCUCGGUACAUGAAGAAUACGACGAUCCAAGCAAAGGAGGAUAUGACAUGAAAUCCUUCCUGAAACUUGAAAAGGAAAUUCAAGAUAUCUUAGGAGCAAAAUCAAACUCCUCGAGCAAUGAAGAUAUGCAUUUGCCCAGAGUCAGCAUCCCCAAAUUCGAUGGGGAUCUACUCAAAUGGACUCAGUUUUUUGACUUAUUUAAAUGCAUGGUCCAUGAUACUAACAUGCCGACGGUACGGAAAAUGUGGUACCUAAAAACCACCGUAACUGGAGAGGCUGAAAGAUUGAUAAGACAUAUAGAUCUUAAGGAAGAAAUUUACCUCAGCGCCUGGGGUAUAUUAGUCGAUUCCUACAACAAUCCCCGACAUGUGGCAGACACGAUUCUCAAUCGUUUCCUGCAUCAAAACACAGUUAGUGACGAUCCAAGGUCAUUAAAAGAGUUGUACAUUACAACUAUCGAGUCUCUAGCAUCAUUAAAGGGACUGGGCAUCGAUGUAUCAAGUUGGGAUACAAUAUUGAUUGCCAUCAUCAAGCAAAAAUUGGAUCUUGCAAGCAGAGCCCUAUACGAGCAGUCGUUAGAUGGGUCCCGAGAGUUACAGGGUCUCGACACACUGCUCAGCUUUCUGGACCAGCGCAUCCGAGUUCGUGGAACAGGAAAAAAGGGACAACAAUCAAGAAAGGAACAGAAGGGUCCUACAUGCUCAUCAGCCAGUACUGGAAAAGGACCAUGCUGUCAAUUUUGCAAAAGGAAUCACUGGCUCUAUAAAUGCGAUGACUUCCGCAGCAAAACAAUACCCGAACGAGUUAAUUGGGUACAAAAACAAAGACUGUGUGUCAACUGCUUCAGCAAUGACCAUAAGGCAAAGGAUUGCCGUGGUCGACCGUGUUUUAAGUGCGACAAGAAACAUCAUACUUUGUUGCAUCUGGGAACCACAUCAGGUGCAUCAUCCAAUCAACAUUCACUUACUGUAGGUGCAGCAAGCAACAAGAAUUAUAACUUGCUGGCAACAGUCAAAGUAUCAGUGAAGGCUAGCAAUGGUCAAGUUGCUACCUUCAGAGCGCUGCUAGAUUCAGGAUCACAAAUAAAUCUGAUUUCCGAACGAAUGGCUUCAGUACUAUCACUGAAACUUCAUGGAACUUCUCUACGGAUCGAGGGCAUUGGAGGCAAUCCAAAAACCAGUAGAGCAAGAGCAAACGUUCAAAUAAAAUCAAUGCAUAACGCCUUCACACAAGAAGUUGAAGCUUUUGUCCUGCCACACAUAAUAGCUGAUCAACCAGCGCAUCAGUUAAAUUCGGCAAGCCUACAAAUCCCAAGCAACAUAGCUCUAGCCGAUCCAAAUUUCGAUAAGCCAGGAAAGAUUGACAUGCUUAUCGGAGCAGAGCACUACUAUUCAUUGCUGCUGCCAAACCAGUCUAUACUAAAGACAGGAGGACCAGUUCUUCAGAAUACAAAACUUGGAUGGAUCAUUGCAGGACGGAUCGCCUCGGAUCACGAUUCAGCGGCGGUUUGUGCCGCCGCAGCUACAGACGAAGAAGUUGACACACUAUUGGAACGAUUCUGGACUCUAGAAAAUCUUGAAACCGAAAAAAGGCAUCGAUCACCAAUAGAGGCUCAUUGCGAAAUGCACUUCGUAGGAAACUUGGGAGUGGCAAAGGAUGGCAAAUUUGUUGUGAAACUCCCAUUUUCUGAACAGUCUUCAGCCCUGGGGGCAUCACAGAAAACAGCCACGAAUAGGUUUCUGGCUCUAGAAAGAAGAACGUCACCUGAAGUCUGGAAAGGCUAG